GCGGGACUUGUAGCUGCGGCUGCUUUAGGACGUCAUUUGGCUGUAGCGAUGUUUGUGUGGAUCCGCGCCUCUAGGUUGAACGCUGUGGAGAGGCCGCUCCCAGAAGGGUCUUCCAGACUGAGCGAAGGACAGUGAGGAGGAUAGGACCUAAAUCCACGGUUUUAUAUGAGCUCGACAGACCCUGUCACGGGGCUGUCCCUCUAGCCUGUCCGGCGCCUCGGCACUAGCCCUUCGUUCCCGAGGCACUCUCUGGGGACCCUGUUGAGGCUUUACACAGCGGACACCGAGGUCCCUGGUCACCCGGCCCAGGGCUGGGGUGAGGGGUCGGCUGGGCCCGCUGGACGCGGUAGAGUCGCUGUUUCUCGCGGUCUCGCUCGGUCCGUGGGCCUCAUGGCGGCGCCGGCGCUGGCUUUGGUGUCCUUCCAAGACGUGGCCGUGACCUUCACUGGGGAGGAAUGGAGACAUCUGGACCUGGCCCAGAGGACCUUAUACCGGGAGGUGAUGUUGGAGACAUGUGGGCUCUUGGUCUCACUGGGGCAUCCUGUUCCCAAAGCAGAGCUGAUCUCCCUGGUGGAGCAGGGGCAGGAACUGUGGACAGUGAUGAGAGGCCUCUCCAAAAGCACGUAUACAGGUGAAAAAGCAAAACCUGAGACCACAGAGCUUACUGCUUCUCAGCUUGCCUUCACUGAGGAAGCCCCCUUUGAGGAACAAGUGACCCAGGGAGUCUCAAGGGAUUCCAGGUUGGGGCAAGCAAGGGAUCAGGAGAAGCUAUCAGAAGUGCAGGAAGCGAACUUGAGGCCAGGUGCGGACCCCCACAAGGAGACAUGCCCUAGGAAGCUGACCCAUAAACGUGAUGAUUUGGAGACCGGUGAUCGUUUGGGUUUCACGGUUUUGCAGGAGCGCGUCACUACACAAGGUGAUCUACGUGAACCCGAGCAAGGACCAGGCAAAGACCCUGUGAUAGAGGCAAGGAAUAGCCUGUAUAAAUGCAAAGAAUGUGGGAAAAGGUUUAGCAAGAACUGGGCUCUUGUUCGGCAUCAGCAGAUUCAUGCCGGAGUGAAGCCCUUUAAAUGCAGUGAAUGUGGGAAAGCCUGUCGUUAUAUGGCAGACUUCAUUCGACACAUGAGGUUUCAUACUGGGGAAAAACCAUACAAGUGUGUUGAGUGUGGGAAGGCGUUCAAACGCAGGUCUCACCUCACAGAACACCAGCGCAUUCACACUGGAGAUAAGCCCUAUGAGUGCAAAGAAUGUGGUAAAACUUUCACCCACCGCUCUUCUUUUAACCAACAUAAUAUGACCCACACUAGGGAAAAGCCCUUUUUGUGCAAAGAAUGUGGAAAAGCUUUUUACUACAGCUCUUCCUUUGCUCAACACAUGAGGAUUCACACCGGAAAGAAACUCUAUGAGUGCAGUGAAUGUGGAAAGGCCUUCACUCACCGCUCCACUUUUAUCCAGCACAAUAUGACCCACACCGGAGAAAAGCCCUUCUUGUGCAAAGAAUGUGGAAAAGCCUUUUGCCUCAGCUCAUCCUUCACUCAGCACAUGAGGAUUCACACUGGAGAGAAACCCUACGAGUGCGACGACUGUGGAAAGGCCUUCACUCACCGCUCUACUUUUAUCCGGCACAAGAGGACUCAUACCGGAGAGAAGCCCUUUGAAUGCAAGGAAUGUGGGAAAACCUUCUGCGACAGCUCUUCCUUAAUCCAACACAUGAGGAUUCACACUGGCGAGAGGCCCUAUAAGUGCAGUGAUUGUGGAAAAGCCUUUACACACCACUCUGUUUUUAUCCGACAUCAUAGGACCCACAGUGGGGAAAAACCCUUGGAGUGUAAAGAAUGUGCAAAAGCCUUUUACUACAGCUCUUCCUUUACUCGACACAUGAGGAUCCACACUGGCGAGAAGCCCUACGUAUGCAGAGAAUGCGGGAAGGCCUUUACCCAACCUGCAAAUUUUGUUCGUCAUAAUAGGAUCCACACUGGAGAAAAACCAUAUGAGUGCAAACACUGUAAGAAGGCUUUUUGUGACAACUUUGCUUUAACUCAGCACAUGAGAACUCACACUGGAGAGAAACCCUUUGAAUGUGGUGAAUGUGGAAAAACCUUCAGCCACAGUUCCUCCUUCACUCACCAUCGAAAAAUUCAUACCAGAGUUUAAAGGUUGUUUACAUCAGUCAAUUUUAGUGAACACCUACUGGUGAAAUACCUUUUCUUUUGAAUGUAACCAUUCAGGAAAAACCUUUUGGCGGGUGAAAUAUCUUGCUCAUUAUCUGAGAAUUCAUACUGAGGAGAAACAUAAUUGCCAUCCGUGUGAAAGCUUUUUGUGGCAGGUCAUCUCAAGGGUCAUAUUAGAAAUUGACCCAGCCUAGACCCUUACACUACCCUCGAGAGUCAUCCAUGAGUGAGACCCAGUGGUUUUGCAUUUAGGAAAUAUGUCUGCAAGAAUUCUUCCUAUAUUUGGGGCACCUGGGUAGCUCAGUGGGUUAAAGCCUCUGCCUUUGGCUCAGGUCAUGAUCCCAGGGUCCUGGGAUCGAGCCCCACAUCGGGCUCUCUGCUCAACGGGGAGCCUGCUUUCUCCUCUCUCUCUGCCUGCUUAAAAAAAAAGAAUUCUUCCUAUAUUUAUACUAUAAAACCACCUCAAGGGUGUUUUAAAAGUACAAUGAGAGGUAGAGGAAGAGAUAUAGAAGAGAAAGGGAAAAGAAAAGAAUGUACGGCUUCUUUCCAAUUUCCCUGCCAAGCUUGUGAUAAUUUGUCAUUGGGGUUGGGGUGGGGAAUGGUGUAGGUAUGAGAGAUAGAAAGACCUCAUUCCCUCUGUGUGUGUGUGUGUGUGUGUGUGUGUGUGUUUUAAGAUUUAUUUAUUUGGGAGAGAGCGAGAGAGAACAUGGAUGGGGGAGAGGGAGAAGCAGGCUCCCUGCUGAGCAGGGGGUCUGAUGUGGGCGUCAAUCCCAGGACCCCAGGAUCAUGACCUGAGCUGAAGGCAGAUGCUUAACUGACUGAGCCACCGGGCAUCCCUGUGUAUUUUUUAUAUAUCUAUCAUCAGGAGAACUGGAACAUUGAAGGCAGCUCUGCUGUCAACAUUUCUUGAAAAUAUUCCUUAUUCUAAAACAUUGUCAUUUUUACCCUUGAGGAACAUAAAUGUUGGUGAGAGAUUUAGAGGCCCAAGUCAUGAAAUACUUAACACACAUACACACACUCGUAUAUUUAGUCAAUUCUUGUUAUUCAUUGUAGUUGUGUUCUAUACAUCCAUCACAAACACUGAAUUAAUACUGAACCAUUGCUCCUAAGGGAAAUGCAGACAUGUUCAUCUGAGCCUCUGUUUACAUUUUCAUCAACCAAACAAUGCAUAACCUGUCAUGGAUUUUUUUUUUUCUAUUUAAAGGCACCUGAAUUGAAUAUAUGUUUCUCAGAAAUAAAUUAUUUGCAGUAUUAUAAUAAAAAUAUUUCAAUUACA